AUGUUUAAGAAAGUCACCCAAUCCAUCGUGAAACAGAUGGAUCCGGGGGGAGACCUGGUCCCAGUUCACAGCAUCUUAGACCACGAGCACUUCCAACCCCUCUGCCUGCUGAGGAGAAAAAGAAAAGCCAAAUUCCAGCCAUUUCCCCGCUACAGACAGACGUGGUACCGCCUCGAGGACCUGCUGCUGCCCGGCAGAGACGACAAAGGCACAGGGUCCCACCUCCCCACCGGCAGUACAGGCCCCAGGCAGUUCACAGUCCAAAAAAGCAGCAGUGACAGAGUGGAUGGGAGCCUGAACCUCUGCCUCGACUCCGCCAGCGUGGAGCUGAAGGGAGCAGCCUCCUCCUCCCAGGGCUGGGCCAUCAAGCUGCAGAAGAACCACAUACCAGUGCCACAGCUGGAUGCACUGAUGGCAGAGAGAAAAGUGAAUGUGAAUCACUCCUUCGUCCAACAGCUACAGAGAACACGACAGGACUUAUACGUGGUGCACGAAACGAUCGAGACCUCGGAGGAGGCCACCUACGAGGAGUCCACCGAGGCAGAGGGCAGCUUCAUGGCCCAGCUCUACGCCAAGUUCUGUGCAAAGGGCACUCGGGAGAGCAAACAGAGCAUAACCAUACCCAAGGGCUGCACGCUGGCCUUCAGGGCGAUCCAGCUGGCCACUGCAGGGGGACGAUGGGAUCUGAAGUAUUUCCCCAGAGCAGCAGCUGGACACAUGUUCCUGUCUGACGGUCUCUCAGAAGGAGAAUUAGGAGCACUGCAGUCAGAAGUUAAAGAGAAUUGCCAAAUUCUCUCCGAGUUGUCUUCUGAUCAGCGCGCCGUGUUUUUGAAAGCCAUCAAAGCUGUGAUGACAGACAGGAACCUCUUUCAGGAGCUGGCCCACAAAAUGGACGCAGUUCUCAAUGAGGAUGGUGGUUGUGAGCUGACAACAGAAAGCCCAGACUUAAAAGCCCUGCUGAGCAGCUUACAGAACUCCUCAGGACCUCUCCUCAAGCUGGCCAGAGCAGUCGCCUACACCCUGGAUGCACUGGAUGAGCUAACGGAGGAUCAGCUGCUGCUCCUGCUGGAGUCCUUGGAAGAGAAGGUUGUGCCCCAGCAGCUGAAGCUGGUCGCAAGCAUCCUGGAGCAGGACGUGGAGGGGAAGGAGUGCUGGAGCUUGGCCACCAGCCUGCUCUCCCUCCAGCCAGAGGAGGAACGAGAGCUAACCGUGGCCAUGGUCCAGAGGAGCAGGGUGACCCUCCAGAAAGAUGGAGCUGCUGUCUGCACAGAAGAAGCCUCCUUGGCCACAGCAGCCCUGUACGUGUCCCUGUAUGCCCUUGAUCUUCUGAGUAACUCAGAUCAGUGA